ACCCAGUAAGAAAAAAAAGUAGACUAAUCUCGAGCACUUUUACAAAUUAUUAAGGGGACAUCCAUAAAUUAUGUGACACCAAAAUUGUGCUUGGCUUUCUAGGCCCCCUCCCCCUUUAACACAUGUUACAUAAAUAGGCACAAUAUCAUUGGAGCCUUGAAUCCCUCCUCUUGCAUGACAUAAUUUAUGGACGGCCCCUCACAUCAACUGGGUUAUUCCUACCGCUAAUGUGUGUCACAAUACCCUGUCACUGUAGCGGUAGCUUCUGUUCUCGUUUAUGUAGUGAUUCAUGGUUUGUUUGGUAAACAAAACCGGGCGAUAAGUGAACACAAUUUUUAAUCAUUUAUUCAAUUAUCAAUUGAGUCAUGGAUUUCAAUGGAUCACGACAAUUGACACCUUCCCCACGGCAUCAAGGACAACGAUCCGUUGCAGACGAAGAUCUCGACCGAGCAGGCGUCAACAAUGACCUCAAAAAUCUUUCUUCAAUUGACAAACGACAAGUUAUUUCUCAUUCAGAUGAUACGCCAAACUCGUCUCAAGAAGAUCCUUCCUGUUCUUUUUCAUUUACCGUGAUGUCAACCAGAACCUGUGACCGUGACGAUGCCACAUCCGAACAAAACACGGACACACAAAGCGAUGAAGAAAUCCAGAUUGUGUACGAAACAAUCGACCGUUCCGGCGACGAAUCUACUCCUCUCAACUCAACGGAAAAUGGAGACGUCGCCCCAGAAUCCGAAGAUGAACAAGGACAAGAAAUAUCCAUCAUAAAACCUCAAAGACGUCCAACUGCUUUUGGACGAUUCCCGAAACUUCCAAGAAGACCACAUCGGGUUCUCCGGAUUAAUGCUCCUGUGCCUCCUCCUCGUCCACGUGGUCGUCCGAACAAGGAUUCCUUACGAAAGUACCAAAACGACCCUGCCCAUGUUGCCUAUCGAGCUGCCCUUGAGAAAUAUGAAGCUGAGCGAACCAAUAUAAUCCACCGGAGAUCAAGCGCCAAGGUGUGGCACGAAGCCAAUCUUCCACAUCGAGACCAGCCAUCCAGAAGAGCGAAGACAUCUUCCAAUCUGGGUGAAAAACUGCAAUCCGUGAGUAGCGCUGAAAAUAUUUCGGAAUUGAAGAAACGAAGUAUUUCAAAAGCAAAAUCUACUUCGGGAAACCGUCGCGAGGGGUUAACUUCCAAGCGACGACCGGCGAAAUCUUUAUCCAGGAGAGCGAAAUCUAUUGCGAAAAAUACCGAAAAAUUGAGACACUCACGAUACCGUGGUACUCAAAGAAGAUCAGUCACGCCGGAAAAUUGGUCACUUGCAAGCUCAUCACCUCAUUACACAACUUCACCUAUUUCGACACGACCAUCUUCCUCUGCAGCUUCGUCAAGGGUCCGUUUGUUACCUCCGAGAGAUGAACCAUUCCAGGGGGACGAGAUGACAAACCGGAAAGUCGCCAAGUGGAACUUUGAAAAAUGUGAAGCCAAAGACGGAAAACUUGGCAUAAGGGUCCCUCAGCAUGAGACUGAGAAAAUCAGAUCGUGGAAUCAAACCAAAAACCUCUCGCCUUCACAACAGGAUUCGAUUGCUAUGUUUAAUGCGGAAUUUGAAACACAACUUCGGGAAGCUAUGCAUGCACUAAUUGAAUCUGCAUUCAUGAAGGAACAAUUCGAAACGGAGAAUGUCACUUUGCAAGUACGAGAAGGCGACAACGUAGCUGAAUUACAAGUCCCUCUAUUUGUGAAAUCGAAACGUCUGAAAUGCAUAGACCCAGAACGUGUAAUUAACACUAUUUGGUCAGGAUUGCGAGAUUCGAUAUUGAACGUGGACUUUCUCCCGGUUCCGGACCCGCCAGCCAUUAUCAACUCGCAGGCCAACGAUGGAUAAAUCAAAAACGAACAAUAAUCCAUUAGUGAAUUAAUUAUGUAAGUAAUAUACUUUUGACUUAGGUAUGUAUUUAUUACAAUGCUAUUGAAUUCUUAAAACUAUGCAUGGAAUCUGUAAUAUGUAGAUAUUUUAGAUUUUCUGCAAAAUAAAUUAAUUUGUUGCAAGAAAAA